AUGAAUGAAGAUGACUUCUUACUUUUACUUUUUUUAACUAAUUCUCCUAGUGAACUUACUGGUAAAAGAGCAACUAAAAGAUACUCUGAACAAGAUUUGGAGGAAAUUUUCAAAUUUCUUAAAGAAUAUAUAGAUGAAUUUAGCACUCAUCCAGGUGAAACUCCUCGUGUUGCUUGGUCACGAAAGGGUUGUCCUGCUGUUGUCAAACAAAAAGGUAAGAGAGGUUCCGAUUACACUUUAAUUCUUUGUGUUAGAAAUGUAGAGAAGGGGGCAGUAAUUAGUCAUAAACCGAUUAAGAAUGUCAAGGGCAAAGAAAGAAAAACCAAAGGAACUACUGCAGUAGACUUUUAUAAUUUUCUGAAAAACAUCGAAUUACCUACUAACGAGACAUAUUAUCUUUUGUUAGACAAUUCUACAAUUCACUAUACUACUGAGGAAUUAGAGGAUUUAGGUUUGAGUAUGGAAGAAUUAGCACGACAGAAGAACAUUGUUCUUGUUUAUUUACCUCGUUAUACUCCUGAACUAAAUCCAAUUGAGUUAUGUUUCAAUACUACUAGGUAUCUUACUGAGAAUUUACCAACUGAUAGCGAGAAAGAACUGAGAGAGGCAAUUGAUAAAAUUGUAGAUAUGAUUAAUCAAAAGGAUUUAACUAAGUAUUUUAGACAUUGCCAAGAUUUUUUUUCUUUUGACAAAAGCGGACAUUAA